AAAUAGCCACUUCACUUUACACAAAGACUUAUUGCACACAUCCUUGUUAAAUCCUAGACAGUAAAAUCUCUUACCACAUUUCUAGAAAGGUAAUACGACGAAGUUAAAUUUGUCUACUAGUCUUCUUCACAAAAAUAACCCCAAGAAAAUAUUUUGUUGUUCAUAAUACGGUAGUGCACAGAUAAGAAAAAAACGAUUAUAAUGCUCUGACUCUACUUGAACGUUCUACGGACAAGGAUAAACAAAUAUAAAUAGCUAAAGAUAAACGAUAGAUACCUAAAUAUAUGUUUUGCAGUUUGAUUAAUUGAAGGCGGCAUAAAACUUAAAUUAAUACAGGGGUCACGUAUUAAUAAGUCCUUGUUACACUAAAUCGGGACCCUACAUUGAAGUGGGUGUUGUUGGGCCUCCGCAGACUAAAAAUUCGCUACUCUCUACUUACACUCCAAGCCUUAAAUUAAAGGGGUAACAACUGUUAAUGAUGCCUUCGUCAAUCAACAUCAAUAAAUUUUCUUAUUACUAUUGUGCGCAUAAUUAGAUACCCCUAAUUAGUUACUCAUUUCCUAAUUAUUACCCUUACAUUUCAAACAAAAAGGACUUAAUUUAUCAUAUUAAGUAUUCCUUAUUUAAGCAUCAUUAUCUACACUAAUAGCCAAUUCAUUUUCAUCUUUCCCUACGCCCAAAAGCUCAUUAGGGAUUCUCAUUAUUUCAACAGAUAGUGCAUAGUAAGAACAAACACAUGCCAUUAUUUAGAGUUUUAGACCUCGAUACAUCCAGUCCCCGUUUACACAACGCAAAAUAAGGUUUAUCGUAAGUCACGACCCCAGAUAGUAUGGGGCCAAUUUAUCUUAUUGUGGUCAGUUAUUCUUGAAACAUUGUUCGUUAAACAUGAAGUUACUGUGGAUGUUUGUGGUUUUGCCAACGGUAUUAGGUCAAGUUGGUUUUGGUAGAUCCUAUCUCAAAAACUCUCGCCUGUGCCACCAAUGGACCUGCAUAAGCACAAAGCUAGGUCUAUCAGACUCCCUCCCUACCAAAGACCAAGCUGAAGAGGCUCUCAGACGUCUGCUACCCACGGGACCCUGGCAAGAUGUCGUGGUACCGGCCCUGGACAACUGCUACGGGAACAGAACCAGAAGGUACACGAACACGUGUCCUGGACAAGCUCUGAUGCAUUGCGUCGUGGAUCAAAUGAUUGAGAACUGCCCAGAAUCGAGUUGGAGGAAGGAUGAUGGAUGUUCCCCUGUUUCAUCGCUGGCUGGAUUGAAACACAUGUUUGCCCAAAGCCGUUAUGCAGACUUGGAAAAGAAUCUGCCAAAAGACCGUCGUCCAGGGUGGUUUUUGAAAAAUUACUUCGACUCAAAAUGCUGCGACCUGCCAAUGAUAUUCAACACGUCGGUGCUUGAGCAUUGUGGCUUCGUAUCCUUCAUGAGCUACGACAUUCACGACCCAAGAUAUGCUGAGAAGAAAAAUGACGAAUUAACGACAAGUACUAUCGCACCGGUAUCUGACGAUGCCACUAAGGUUCACUUCGUGGACUUCAACCAGAACCAACCAAUGCCGCCAGCAUAUGAAGAAGCUAACGAUAUCACUGAUCCCUUAGACUGUUGUGAGAUGACGAGCUUCAUCCAGCCAAACUGGAGAUCUGAGUGCGGCUUCCAGCUUAGCUGGGGCGGGUCAGAGAGGCUGGUCGUCUCGAACAAUACCCCCAACUUCUAUCAGACUACUGAAGCUCCUGACACUACUACUACAGUUAGACCAGAUGUUAAGGAUCUGAUGUUGGUACCCCAUUCUUGUGAAAAAGAAGAAUGCGUUUUCCGGCAACUUGGCAUCAUACAUGAGUCAGGGGCUCUCAACAUUGAUGGCUACAUGAAGAUGUUACUCAACUUCACCGACGCGCAUCCCGCUUGGAGCAAGGCUAAAGGGCGCGUCUUAACCAAGUGCCUUCUGAGGCCUGUGCCUCGGGAGUACGAUGCUGGAUGCGAGAUAAACAACAUUUUGAGCUGUACUUUAGAUGUAUUGACUGAGAACUGUCCAUACAAACAAAAGACUGGUGUUUGCAAGCAUGGUAAACAUGAUGCUGGAUGCCAGAUCAGUUCUUCUAAAUUCAGACCUAAAAACCGUCGCCCCAUUUGCCUGCUACCAGAACUAAUUCACCGCGAUCACCUAACCCAGUGCGGCUUGGAGUCAUUAUACAAAGCUGAACAUAUUCCAGUAUUCCCCAAACAAAGGAAACACGGCUGGUUUGCCAAUAGAACUAUUAUGUGCAAAGUAACCACACCUCCAACCUCGUGUCUCAUGAACAAAAUGGGCGUCAUGAACAAGUACAACUUCAUAGAUUACUUCAAGAUGAAGGACAGGAUCCGUCAGUUCAGCUUCAACCAGGUUGAGUGGGCGGCCUUAUUGGAUGUGUAUAUGAGUGCCUUCACUAAUGUACCCAUGUAUGGAGAGUAUUGCAACUCACAGAAGAAAUUGUUGAAUGUACUCGAUGCUAUGUUGAUGACAUGCCCAAUAACUAAACGCAAGAACACAGCGCAGUGCAACAAAAUCUUUAUGGACAUGAUACAUACCACGCCAGUUGACAACCAAAACAUCACUCGGGAAAAACUCGACGAAAUAAUGAAGCACUACCACCACGUAUUCAUGCCAAACCAGCCAACACCUUCGAAAUUCGGCAAGAUUACACGAAAGAAACAUUCAAAGAUUAUCAAGAACCCGAUCUUCCAAUUUGGGUUGUUAGAUUCUCAGAAUGCCCCUUCAGUUAAUGUAAUAGACUUGAAGCCUGUACCAACAGCGAAUACGUUGAUUCUUAGACCAGUGUACAUGCGUCCGAAUCAUGGAAAGGGUCCUUUGCAUCACGAUGCUAUGUUAAGAGGUGGCAUGGUGAGUCUGCCAGCUCCUCAGAAACCCCUUUCGACUUUACCAACGUAUCCUGAGUACCGUACAAAUUUACUACCUCCUAGACGGCUAGUGUACACUAAGCCGACAGUUGCAAGUACAACAACAGAUGUUCCUAUUCCUUUAGUUUACACGACCCCUGAGGCUCAGUCUACGACCCCAGCUGCAUGGGAAAUGUGGAAACCAGAGUAACUGAUUAAGAGACUUACGAAAUAAGAUAAUAAUGGGUUUCAAUGAUUUUAAGUCGUUAACGAGAGAGUCUUUUUAAGUAAGUGUUUUAAAACCUUCGCAAGGUUUUUCAGGUUUUAUAUAAUCGAGGUGAAAUAGUCUCUGAAGGUUAAAAGAAAACAAAUAUUGAAGCAAUAUGAAAAAAAAUAUUUAAUACAAUCAUAAUAUGUACUGCCUGAGUAACUAUUGUACUUAAAUUAUUUCUUACUACUCUAUCAUAGCUAUAAGUAAUUGUUUCAUUUAUAAUUUCCACCAUAUUUUAUCGUCAGUCUUAAGAAAAUUUUCAAUAAUUUGGCCAAGUUUUAUUUUGACAUUCAAAAUGUUUUUUUAUUCUGUAGCGAUUGAAACGGCGAAGGCCACUGCAAAAUUAUUUUACAAUUUUAUGUGUGAUAUAUUUUCUAGUUACUUUUAUAAAAUUGUAACUUAAUUAAAUUAUGAAUGUAACAAAAACAUUUAAUAUUACAUUACAUAGAUUUAAAACCAUUAUUAUAAAUUAAUAAACACUUGUUUUACAUACUGUGACAAAUGUACGGCUAUGCACUUUUAAGGAUUCAAAAAUAAAUAAAAUUAUUUA